CAUUGUGUUUUAUUGAUAAUUAAACUUCACUUCCCCCACAUUAAUAUUUUUGUGCAUCACACAACUUUCACAAAUUUGUUAGUGUCUUUGUUAGUGUCUUUUUAUAGUAGGUAUAUUUUCCACAUUUUUAAAAAACUUUCUACAGUCAUGUUCUUGACUUUUGCCAAUAUCUAUCAUUUCCUCAUAAAGUGUUUAUUGAAUGCAUUAAAAACAGGUCUGCUUUUCAAGGCAGAUAAAAAAAACCUAUUAGCUGCACACCAUGGUGCUAAGAUAAAAAAAAUCAUAAUAAUGAUACUUCAAAUUACAUCCUAUACAAAAAUAGGCAACUGUAUGGGUGUUUUCAACAGAGGCAGAAUGAAGAGAAAUAUUUAAGAUUUUUAAAAAAUCAGUAAAUGUGAAAAUAAAUGUGCCCCACAUGAGGUUGGUCUUGGUAAAGUGCAAUAUUUGGAGCAAUGAUGGAAGUAGUACAGAGGUAUAAUUCUGUUUUAAUAUUUAUAUUUUCUAAUGAGACAAAACAAUGAAGCCAUCUAGAAUGACAAUGUUCAAAAUACCAGGAUAAAGUGUUGAUGUUUUUAAUUUUCUUCUUUUUUCACUUAGUUAUUAACACUUCAAAAGUAAACUUGGACCUGUUUAUAACGUUUAUGUUUUCUCGUCACCAUGGCAGCAGAGUUUCCUCAGCAGCAGCCUGACUGACCUCAGGUGAGUAACAACAGAAACAGGUGACGCUGAAGGUGUCAUCACUGACUAUUUUCUUUAACUUUCUCCUCAUUUUUUACUCUGUUAUCUAUCUGGGAAUAUAUUUCAUUUUGACCUUCAUAUGUUGCACUCAAGGACAGUCACGGAUCUCUGAUUUCUAUUGAUUUCUGCCUGUAAAGCUUCGAUUACAGACAGUCAGCAGUUGGCUCAGUAUUCAACUGAAGAAGCAAAAGAGCAGAACAUUUAGGUUUCAGACCAGCAGAUAUCCUGACACUGACACCCAGCAGACAAGUAAAGAAACCUCUGGAGCUUUGGACAUGAUGAGUUUGAUGGAUGGGGACCAGAGGGGGAGCCACCAUGGUCCACAGUGUCAAAGCAAAGCAAAAGCCUCCAGACCGAGGCGUCUGCAUCAGAGCACCCUGACCUUUGGUGACACAGUUCCAUGCUACAGCACCACCCACAGCCAGAGUUUUUCUGGAAGGUCAUCUGACGGACGUCCUCUCGUCUUCCACCUGAGAGAGCCCAGCUUCCCUUCGCAGCAUCACAGCUGCCUGGAUGUCAGCGACAUCGCCACACCGCUGCAGAGUCUGCUGCAGUCACACACUAAAGACGUGCACGGGCCCAAACACAUCACUCCGAGGACCAACCUGAGGGUGGAUAACUGGGCUCGGUAUCGCAGCGGCCAGGCCGUCAGAGAGAUCACCAAUCCACCGGACCCACUGGAUCCCCCUGAGUACUGCAGCACCUACAGAGCAGGACACACACUUCCACUGAGCGGCAGCUCGCCACAGCUGGCAGGCGGCAAACCAACACAGUGGCAUCACCACGACGUACUGACAGGUGAACAGAGGCAGGAGGAGCAUCCAGGUAAAGCCUGCAGACAGACCAGAGACCAGCUGCUGUGGGCAGCGAGGCGCUGGGAGACAGACUGCUGCGCACUCAGACUCUACUGACACACAGCACAACACUCACACAC